UGAGGCUGCCACGGCGCUCGAGUGAGUGAGGUGUACGGGAAGUGAAAUGUUGAAUAUGCGGAGGCGACGACUUUCUGUCUCACAUUUUCGUCACUUUUAAGCGUAUUUAGGGGUCGUGUUUAACACUCAAGGAUCCCAAGGAGCCGGUAACAUUAGCAAAUACAACUGCUACCUUUACGGGGUAAAAAAUGAGUCAUCUUCCGCAGCCUAAAGCCGCUUUAAAACCAGCGACUAAAAUCCACAAACCGAUCCAAGGUGGCGGAGGAACAACAACUACGGCGAGUCCGGCGACCGGCGUGGUUAAACCACGAGGGGCCCCAUCUGCUAAACCCCCUGCAACACCAUCAUCUAGCAAGACUACUUCUACUGCUAGAAGUACCGUGAAACCAAGGGGGACUACUUCUGCAGCAUCAAGCGCUGCAACUGGUUUGGUUAGCCCUAGAGGUUCGAUUGCCGGUUCGAGUCAAGUACAACCUCGAGUUUCGAGAGAGAAUUCAUCUACUAAGCUAUCUUAUAGAAGGGAAACUUCCAGUUCUAGCUUACGGAGUUCAGGAUCGGAGACUCAACUUAGACGAGAAUCUUCGCAAUCCUCCAUAGUACGAAGAGGUUCGUCCUCUUCGCAGCCAACUCCAUCCGAUGAGUUGCUUAAAUUAUUUCAAGUGGGAGACCGUGUUUUGGUGAAUAACACAAAACCAGGAGUUAUUGCUUUUCUGGGAGAGACUAAAUUUGCUAAAGGUGAUUGGGCAGGUAUUAUUUUGGACGAUCCAACUGGAAAAAAUGAUGGAUCUGUUGCCGGCGAAAAAUACUUUGAGUGUAAACCGCUACAUGGUGUCUUCACGAAGUUGGAAAAAAUCACUAAAGUCAAUCAAGUCACGGAAAGUCCGGGUUCUCCGGUGGAAAAUUCUUCGAGUUUAGAAAUCGGAGAUCGUGUUGUUGUUAGCGGGAAUAAAAUAGGAACUCUCAGAUAUGUAGGUACUACCGAAUUUGCGAAAGGCGAAUGGGCGGGAGUUGAGUUGGAUGAACCUCUCGGCAAAAACGACGGGGCAGUCGCUGGAACAAGAUACUUCCAGUGUAUUCAAGGAUAUGGACUUUUUGCUCCUGUGCACAAGGUCAUCAAGACUGGUAAAAAAGAAACAACAAAAUUACUCACAUCCCCACCCAAGGGUGAACCUACACUUCCUAUCUCUCAGCAACUUAUUCAAGAAACAGUACAGAAUUCCCUUGCAGCUGCGGCUACUAAUGGUGGAAGUGAGAGUUCUCUUAGCUCUACUGCGUCUGCCCCUCUGUCUACUACCAGUAGCCUUCAAGGGCUUACUUCAAAGGUUGAUGAACAUGAGAUUUCACCUGUCAAGUCCCCAAGGCUUUCAACUGGCCAGACAAGUCUACAGAUUGCUGCCUUACAGGAGGCCCUGCAGGACAGGGAAAAACAGAUUCAAACCCUACUUGAAGAAAGAGAUUUUGAGAGGACAGAGGUUGCUAAUGCUACCAGCCAGGUUGCUAAGGCUGAAGAAGAAGUGUCAAUAAUCAAAAGGCAACAUGAGCAGGCUGCCAUGGAGUACUCCAAGAAUAUGCAAGCUCUGAAGGAACUUAUUGAGCUUGCCGAGAAAGAGAAGGCUGAGCUGCAUUGCCAGGUUGAGGAGGAAAGAAGAUUAUUGUCUUUCUAUGCACGCAGAAAAACUGAGGACUUACAGUUUAAACUUGCUGAGGAGGAAAUUAUUUUAGGUGACGAGUUGAAGAGUGAAGAGAAACAGAUCCAGGAGCUGCAGAGCAAGAUACGACAGCAGCAGGAGCAGCUGGAACAGCAACGAGAGAUUACCGACACUGUGUCCACGGAUCUGGAGGAGAAAGCCAAGGAACUGGAGGAGGCGAAGUCUGAAAAUGAGGCAAUCAGUGGUAAGAUGAAGGACAUGGAGAGUCAGUUGACCAGUAUUGCUGAUGAGCUUGCAUCUACCAAGGAGGCCUUAAAGCUUUCCCAACACAAGGUGACUGAGCUUGAGAGCUCAUUGUCAGUGGCACAACUCACACAGUCCAACAAUGAUAGCAACACCCUUCAGCAGCUGCAAGAAAAGCAAUCUAGGAUUAGCGAGCUAGAGCAGGAACUUGCCAGCAAUCAAUUGAGUUAUGAAGAGCUUCAGACAGACUUAGAGUUCACAAAAGCUGAGUUGCAAAGUACUGUGGAGGACAAUGAGGCACUCAAGAAACAAGUUGAAGAGCUCACAGAGACCAUCCACAAGAAAGAUGAGGAGUUUGUCACUUUGUCAAAUGAGAUUGAACAUAUCAAGCAGGCAAUGUUAGAUCUUCAGAAACAACUGACCCUGAGCGAAGCCAAGUCUGAACACCUUUCAGCAGAUAAAUCCAAACUGGAGAAUGAAAUUGCUGAGCUGUUAAAGAACUCUGGUGACAGCUCAGAGCGCCUUGCUUAUCUCAACGAACAACUGCGAGUUAAAGACAGAUCUUUAGAAGAGUUACAAAGUAGCUCGUCUGAGGCCCAGAUCAUUAUCAAGAGACUCACAGAAGCUGUUGAUAAUGCAAAGGGUUCUCAUUCCAAGGAGGUGGAAACUUUAUCAAAGUCACACGACGAAAAGACGAAGGACCUGGCAAACCAGAUUAAUGACCUCAAAACGGAAAUCCAGGCGAGCGAGAAGCGAGAAGCCGACCUCGUCACAGCGCACAAGACUGAGCUAGAGAAAUUAGCGCGAGAAAAGGAAUCCGAAAUCGUAGCCCUUCAGUCAAAACUAGAGGAACAGACUUCGCUGCUUGGUCAAAUUCAGCAAGAGAUGCAUCAAACGAAGACGGACCUUGGGAAGGUCUCGCAAGAGAAAGACGAGAUAAAGGAGCUACAGACUUCUAAUGAGUCUGAACUGAUGCGAGUCAGAAGCGAUUUAGAAGAGAUGACAUCACUACUUCAAAGCAAAAAAGUAGACCUCGAGAAGAUAAAGGAACAAAACGAGAAAGCCGCCAAAGAGCUCACGGAGCUUAAGGGGAGUCUAUCGACUAGGGAAGCUGAGGUAGAGUCUUUACAAGGUCAGCUUAAAGGCAAGACUUCGGAGAUAAAUAUAAUGAACGCCAAGCUACAGGACUCGACAGUAGCGUUAGAAACGGCUUCACAAGAGCUGCAAAAAGCCCAGGAACUGGAAAGGUCUAAGCAAUCGGAGCUUAAGGAAGUCCAGUCUAGAGUAGAGGACGUGACGUCCUCGCUGGGUGAGAGACAAAAGGAACUGGAUAAGCUUCGUGAGGAUGUGGAGGCCAUCUCUCAGGAGAGAGACCAGCUGAAGGAAAGUGACAAAGCCAAUACAGAGCUAGUGGGAUCUUUGAGGCGACAGCUGGAAGGCGAAGCUUUCACGAUAGACAAGCUUAUGGAGGACCUAGAACACGAGAGAAAACAGUUGCAACGCGUGUCAUCCGAACUUCAUAAGGAACAGGAAAAUGGGCGCGAUAAAAACACAGAACUGACAGAGCUGAGAGAUUUGCUCAAUAGAUUAACCGUACUGGGCGAGAAACAGACUAAAGAUUUGGAGACACUUCAGAGACUACAGGAGAGGACAUCCCAGGAGCGAGAUAACCUGAAGGAAAGCUUAAAUACCAAAGAUAAAGAAGUUCUGGCAUUAGACGAGAAAUUGAGGCGGCAGAAUGCAGAGUUGGAUAAGCUUACCAGCGAGCUCAGUACCACCAAGAUGGCGCUAAAGAACGUCCAGACAGAGAGGGAACGCCUGAAGGAGCUAGAGUCUAUGCAACAGUCGACGCAGAAUGAGGGUGAGGAAAAGGCGAUGCUGUUAUCGCGUGUAUCAGAAGAGCUAAACACUAUGAAGAUACUCCAACACAAAGCGGAAGUGGAGAGAGAAGAGCUUGAAGUCUCGAGGCAAAAAGAACUGGACGGAGUAAGAUCAGAACUGAAGCAGAAGACCUCUGACGUCACAAGGCUUGCCAAAGAACUGGAAGAGACGAAGAUAGCGAUGGAGGAACUCUCACAGGAGCGGGACCUGAUGAAGGAGCUCGCAGAUGCAAAAGACAUAGAAGUUUCAGCAAUACAAGGUCAAAUCACGGACAAAAGUUCCCAAAUCGCAAAACUAGCCCGGGAGCUGGAAGCACUGAAGAUAUUACAGGAUUCAACAGCAAAGGAGCGCGACUUUUACAAGGAACACGAAAACGCGCAGCAGUCAGAGACAUCAACCUUCAAGACACAGCUUGUCGAACAGACAUCCCAACUGCAUGCUAUUACACAGGAACUCGCCUCUCUCAAAACAUUACUCGAGACGACAGCCAAAGAGAAAGAAACUCUUGAGGUAAGCGAGAAAAACCUCCUCCAGGAAGUGUCAGCAUUGAAGUCAAGCUUUGAGGAGAAGGUGUCUGAGCUACGGGUACUAUCAAAAGAGCUGAAGACCGCGCAGGAAACAUUGAAAAAUGUUUCUAAAGAGCGAGAUAGCUACAAGGAAUCCGUACAGUCUAAAACCGUUGAGUUGUCCAAUGCCAAAGCCGACAUAGAGGAAAAGAACUCACAACUUCAAACAGUCUACAAGGAGCUCAAAAGCGUCAAAGGCUUGCAAGAGAAAACUGAGAAAGAGAGAGAUGACUUGAAGGCACUUCAGUCCAAGUACGAGACAGAAAUCAAGGCGAAAGAGUCUGAAGUAUCUCAGAUCUCGUCAAAACUAAACUCCGCUCUUGCCGAGAGGGGUCAGGCUGAUGUAGCCAAGAGUGAGGCCGAGAAGCAGCUUGCGGACAUCCUUAGCAAGUACGAGGACCUGAACGUCAAGCACAAGAAGCUCCUUGAAGCGCACAAUGAAACAACCAAGCUACAGCAAGUCAAAGAAGAGCAGUUACAAGCUAUGGCGUCCUCACAGGACUCGAUAUCAAAGGAGAAAAUUGAAACGCAGCAGAAACUCCAGGCAGACUUACAGGCCCUACAGAAACAGCUUGAGGAAGUGAAGGCAGUCUCCACUAGCAGACAAGAGGAACUGACCCAGCUGCGGGCAUCCCACGAUGAAGGGCUUUCCCUGGUAUCGCAACUACAGACCAGACUGAGUGAUUCCCAGUCAGAAAAGGACUCUAUGCACAGAAAACUGGGUGUGCUCGAGCAGCAGCGAAACCUUCUUCAAGAGCAAGUGUCUGACAUGGAGCAAUACAAAGCAGCUUCAGAAAACAACGAGAAGUUAAACGAAGAGUUGUCCAAAGCACGACAAGAAAUAUCAAGUCUGACGUCGGAACUCAAUGAAAGUCGAAUGAGAGAGACAAGUGGUUCAGUUGACCUAAAAUCCCAACUGGAAUCAGUUCGAAUUGCGAUGAAGGACAAAAAUAUGGAGCUUGCAAAGCUUAAGAUACAGGUUGAAGAGUUGAAAAAACGUGCCUCUUCGGCAGGAGGAGCCAGCGAUCAGCCCGCUUCACCAGAUGAGCUGAGGUCCAAACUUGAUGAGAUGCAGGAUCUGUUGGAAGCGGUUCAGGCCGAGAAGGAGAGCGCAGAAGCACAGGUGGAUUUCCUCAAUUCAGUUAUAGUCGACCUGCAGCGCAAGAAUGAGGAGAAUCAGAAGCGAAUCGAUGCCUUUAUGAUGGGUGAGGCUCCUGACAGAAACGGUCUGCUCUUCUCACCCGACUUGGACGAACCUGUCAACCCGCGCUUCAAGCCGCGUCUGUUUUGCGAUAUCUGCGAUGAGUUCGAUCUGCACGACACAGACGACUGUCCCACACAAUGCUCCGGGCCGCCGCCCGAGGAGGAGGGCGUGAAGCAUGGCGGGAACCGUGCGGAAGAAAGGCCGUAUUGUACCAUAUGUGAGGUGUUUGGUCACUGGACACAUAAUUGCGAUGACGAGGAGACGUUCUGAGAAAUGAGGCUUACCAUGAAAAGUGAGGCUGGAAAAUUCAUCAACCGAAUGCCACGUGAUGGCUCGUCCCUGAUGGAGAAGCUCGGCAAACGUCUAAGCUGUUAUAGGUUAACUCCCUGAUAUACUAUAAGGUCUUCCUCCCUGAUGGAGAAACUAGGCAAACGUCUUAGCUGUUAUAGGUUAACUCCCUGAUAUGCGAUAAGGUCUUCCUCCUUGAUGCAGAAACUCGGCAAAUGUCUUAGCUGUUAUAGGUUAACUCCCUGAUGUGCAAGCAACUGGAGCAAAAUUGUUUCGGGCUUUUAGACACAAAAACAGCUUUCACAAUCGUGGUUUUGUCAUUUUACGUUACCCAUGAAGCAACUUGGGUUGUUACAUAUUGGAUUCUUCUAGUACAACAUUAUUUGAACUAGGUGUAUAUAUAAGGUGUUUAUAUUUGUUAAACGUGGAAGAAAACUGCAAUGAACAUUCUUAAAAAAUGUAAUGAUAAGGAAAAUGUAUAGGGCGGGCGUUGUUCGUCUGCCUCGUAUCCAGGCGUGUCCAGCGUCCGUUGAAAAGAAGCCGAUCGCAUCCCGAAGCGAGGCCGACCGCAAAGGCUCAUGGGAAGGCGGGCGUGCAUAAUCCUUCCCAGGAUGCAUUCCGCGCAGGACAUGAAAGUUGUGUUACCAAGUUGAGACGCCUGGGUACGAGGCAGAUGGCUUGUGCACUUGGUUUGUCACGCCUGCCAUCAGACAUUAUCGCUACGCAGGAUAAAUGAGGCAUGGCAAAUAUGCCAUACACGUGGAUACUCUAUACAAGUAAAGUAGAUAUUUUUUAUAUUUAUUUCUCUCAUAAACGUUUUAGAUAGACUUUUUACAUAAUCAUCUCAAGUCACCCUAAGUUGGCACUAAGAUUAUAUCAUAUUACUUAUACUAAGAUUAUAUAACUUACAAAGCUUGUCUUGGAUGCUACUACAAAGUGCGCUCCGAUUCCGUUUGUCAUUCAAUGUAAUGAUCGAGUGCUAAUUGAUAUACUGCAAGUAUGAUACAAAACUCUAUGAUGAAAUAAAUACUAUUGGUUUAUGUAAA